GCCACACACUGUCAUGAGCUGGUCUGACCUUUGCAAACCAGCUUCUUCAUUUGACUGUGACUUUUGUGACUUGUCCCCCUCUGGCCGCCUGCAGGAUGAGGGCGAGGAGCCCUGGUACCAGAAAGCAUGCAAGUGUGAUUGCCAGGGAGGAGCCAAUGCUCUGUGGUCUGCUGGAACCGCCUCCUUAGACUGUAUUCCAGAAUGCCCGUAUCACAAGCCCCUGGGUUUCGAGUCAGGGGAGGUCACGCCAGAUCAGAUCACUUGCUCCAACCCGGAGCAGUAUGUGGGUUGGUAUUCCUCCUGGACAGCAAACAAAGCCCGGCUCAACAGUCAAGGCUUCGGGUGCGCUUGGCUUUCCAAGUAUCAGGACAGCAGCCAGUGGCUGCAGAUCGAUUUGAAGGAGAUCAAGGUGAUUUCGGGGAUCCUCACCCAAGGCCGCUGUGACAUAGACGAGUGGAUGACCAAGUACAGCGUGCAGUAUCGGACCGAUGAGCACCUGAACUGGAUUUACUAUAAGGAUCAGACUGGGAACAAUCGGGUCUUCUACGGAAACUCAGACCGGAGUUCUACAGUCCAGAACUUACUGCGGCCCCCCAUCAUUUCCCGCUUCAUCCGGCUGAUUCCUCUGGGCUGGCAUGUACGAAUUGCCAUCCGGAUGGAACUGCUUGAGUGUGCUAGCAAGUGUGUCUGAUGCCUAUUUCAGCUCAGCCCUGCCACUUCAGGGAGAGCUUGGAGGAGGGGGCAUCCCGACAUACCACUGUGAUGAACAGGGCUGUUUCGGAUGAGCACUUUAAAUCUGGAUAGAGAAUACGAGAAUACUUCCUUAAAAAAAUAGUUUCCCAUUUCAGUGAGAGAAAAAGAAAAAAAAAAAAGCUUUCUCUCAACUCAAGGCCAAGAAAAAUGAGAACAAAGAAAAUAUCCUUCGAACCAAUUUUCUUACAUAAACCUAAAUAGCAGGGGUAAUUGCUUGUUCUCGCUCCCUCUCUUUUUCUUUUUGUCUCAGUGACACUGUCAAAGGUGCAGACCCAGGUGAACACAAAGCAGCUACGAUAAUUUGAUUUUUUUUUUCUUUUGGCUCUCACCACAUUCAGAAGAGCAGCAUACUAUUUUGCAAAGCCUCACACAAACGCUGAAGGUUUGCCCUGACAGCUUUCAUGAAAACCUGCCUAGAGAGGACUGGAGGCAAAAAUGCGGAAUGGGAAUCAAAUGGAGGGGAGUCUGCAGCCUGGCUGUAAACAGCAACCAACCAACUAGCCAACUAGUCAAAGCUUUCCCCUCCUGGAAGUGGUUUUGCCCUGAAGGGGUCUGGACGUUUAGCUAUAGGAUUGAGGGAUUUAGUGUCCGCUGGAACUCCUUCUGCAGAAACUCCAUCCUACAGUCCAUUCAGCACACAGGCUGUGCAUCUGUGGUUCCCAGAUGAGUGCAAGGGCAGGCUGCACGUGCGUGUGGUAAGGUUUCCCUUCCAUAAAGGAAGCCCAGAUGAUUAGAAUGGGUCACACCUUCUUUAUCUACGGUUACACUUUUCCAGAAAUUGAACACACUUUGAAAACAGCUGAGACAAGACAUAGCUUGGGCUGCUGGGAGGAAAGCAUGGUUUGUGUGUGGGAAGGGGUCAGGGCUCCUGUCAUAGAGGACUAUGAGGGGAACGGCUCAGUCAGUAAAGUGCAGCCCAAGUAAAAGGACUUGAGUUGAUAUUUCUAGAACCCAUAUAAAAAGCUAGACAUGGACAGGUUAUAGUGAAGCACACCUUCAAUCUCAGUAUUCGCAAGUCAGAGGACGCAGAUCUCUUGAGUUCAAGGCCAGUCUGGUCUAUGUAGCAGUUCCAAGCCAGCUAAGGCUGUCUCAACCCCUACCUGCCCCUCCUGGUUAACAUGCCCUGACCCCUACCCUGAACUCUCAACUCUCCAGCCCGGGGUCGAGGGAGGCUGGGAUGCUCUUCUCUAUAUAAUCCAACCAUUUUGGUUACCUGCUCUCUUUGUACUUUUGGCUGCUAUAUCUCCUCUCUCCCUUUCCCUCCAUCUUCUCCUCACAUAGCUCAGCUAAGUCUGGUCAUGUUCCCUCUGAACUCUCCCAGAUGUCUCUGCCUCUGACUAUGCUCUAAUGUCUAUAAUAAAUGUUCUCCUCCACCAUACCUAGGGAGCAGUCAUCUUUCCUCUUUCUUUUCUUUUCUAAGAAAAAGUCAAACAUACGAGCAGGAACAAAAGAACCUAUACCUUCUUUCUGAGAGGCGUCUCACCGCCAACUUCUGCCUUGCCCACCCAAACAUGCUUGCUCAGACAUGACUUCUGAAACCUCUUUGGGGGUAGGAAUGGGCUUGGCUCAUCAUUCCCUGGCUGGAGUCGCUCAUUCAAUACCGAGCUUUGGAGCCCAAGAGCAUGACUAUAUUGGUCUUUUUCUCAUUUGCCAUCUGUAGCUCAGGCUGGGUUUGAGGCCCUUCUCUGGGAGAGGCUGUUAACUGGGGUGAAGUUACAAGAGGCAUAUGGGGAGAAACUGAGAAGCCAGAGAAUGAGGACCCUCCAAAGGUGAUUUCCUGGCCUUACACAUAUGGUGUAUCCUUGGCUAGAAGUUCUUUUCUCUGAGAUACUUUACAUUUUCAGAUAUUAAGGAGGAUUAUAUGGACUCACACUAAAUGGACAUUGGAUGGCUGGUCUUGGUACCUUACAUCUUUAAUCCUAGCACUUGGGAGGCACAGACAGGUGGAUCUCUGUUAGUUCAAGGCCAGGCAUGCAGAACAAGCUCCAGGCCAGCCAAGGCUACAACAUAGGGAGACUGGCCAGAAAACAAUUAAUCAAUCAAUCAAAAAAUCAAAAUGACCUUGAUGUCACAUUCUUCUCAAAGAAUAGAACAAUUUUUCAAAAGCUUCAAACUUCUUACCUAGUGUUCUAGAGUUCCCCAGGUAUCUGUAUGUGUGUUUGCGUGAGUGAUUGCAUAACAAUAUUCCUGGUAUUACAAUAUAUCUACAAAUCCACUGGAUAAAAUUACUGAAAGCAGACCAAUAUUUGGAAAACUGAGUUAAGUUUUCUCACCACACAGAGUAAUUGUAACAGAACUUAAGAGUAUUGAUCAGGGGAAAAAAAUAACAAAACAAGUAAAAUAACAGAACAGUUCCUAUCAUAGGUUUGUUUUUAUAAUAGUUUUAUUAACUUCACAUAAAAGUCAUUAUUCAUUUGAGGUGUAUAAUUCAAUGACAGUACAUUCAGAGUUAUGCAAUUAUUACAAGUAACUUUGUACUAUUAUCAUUCCAAAGAGAAUCCUCUACCCAUCAGCUAUCAUCCACCCCAGCCCUAGGUUAUUUGAAAUCCAUUUGCUAUUUGUAUGUAGAUAUUUUUCCUGUCCUGGGCAUUUUCCCACAUAAAUGUAAUCCUAUGAUAUACAGUUUAUGACUGGUUUCUUGUACUUAUCACCCUGUUUUUGAAGUCCAUGUUUUGGAGAAGUACUUCUUCCUUUUCUGGUUAUUAUCAUUCUGUACAAGGUAUUUCAUUAUUAUUUAUCCAUCCACUUGGGUGGUUUCCACUUUGGAGCUAUUAUGAAGAAUGCUGCUUACAUGAACAGUUAGGUGUUAAGUUUUUGCAUGGGAUGUUUUAUCUUGAGCACAUACACAUCUAGAAUUGUUUGAUCACUUGGUUUAUCCUUAUUAAGAACUACUUUCCCAGGUGGCUAUAUCAUUUUCUGUUCCCACCAGCAAGGUAUGAAGGUUCCAAUCCCUCCACAUCUUCAGCGAUGCUUCUUAUCUUUAAUUCGAUCCUUCUUAGUAUGAGUGAAGUAACAUUCUAUGAUGAUUUUAAUUUGUAUCCCCCUGACAACCCAUGCUGUGGAGCAUCUUUUCAAGUGACCAUUUACAUAGUUUUGGAGAAGCAUUAUUCAAACCCUUCGCCCAUUUUAAAAUUUCAAGUCACUGGUUCAUUAGAGUUCUUCAUGUAUUCUACCUACAAUUCUCUUAUGCAAACAUUUCUUCCAUCGUGCUUUGUUGUUGUUGCCUUGGUCCAGUUUUGAGACAUGAACUCACUGUAUAGCCCUGGCUGGCUUGAAACUCACUAUGGAGCUCAGGUUGGCCUGGAACUUGCAGAGACCGUUCUGCCUCAAGUUCUGGGACUAUAGCUAUGUGUCACCACACUCAGCUUUCAUUCCUUUUUUUUUUUUAAUCUCUUGGUGAAGUCCUUUGAAGCGCAACAAAUUCCAAAUUUUAAUCAAGUCCAAAUUCCCUGUUUCUUCUUUUGGUGUAGUAUCUGAGAAACUGCUGUUAAAUCCAAGGUCAAGAAGAUUUACUGUUGUGUUUUCUUCUCAACAUUUUGAGAUGCAUUUAAAAAAAGUUUUAAAGUUUUACCUCUUAUUUCGUGAAUGGUUAUAAAGCAAAAGUCUAAUUACAUUCUUUGCAUUUCAAUAUGCAGCUCUCUUGGUACCUUCUGUUGAAAUUCUUUUCCAUAUUGAAUGGUCUUUGUACUCUUGGCAAAAUCACCUAGCCCAGAAUAUGAGGAUUUAAAUUCAGGCUUCAUAAUUCUAUUACCUCAUAGUCUUUAUUACUGUAGCACUGUAGGGAAUUGCGAAAUUAGGACAUGCAAGUCUUCCAAUUCUGGUCUUUUUCAAGAUUGUACUGGCUAUUCUAGGUUGCUUAAAUUUCUAAAUAACUAUAUGUAUAAAGAAGCCAGCCAGGGCUUUCACAGUGGAAAAUGCUUAUAGUUUCAGAAUUUAAUAAACAAUGAGGCAGUAAGAUCUACAAUACAUUUAUCUGUAGGUAAUUUGCUUUAAUAGCACACAAUUAUUUACUUCAUUAAAUUUGUGGCAAGAUAUAUAGAAAAAAAACUAGCAUUAAAGGAAACCUGAAGCCUAACAGAAUCUUGCUUUUAAAAAGUAUGUUUGCAAUAUUAUUUCUUUUAGGAGGUGAAUAAUUCAAUAAAAAUUAUAUA